AAAGUUACAUGCAUGUCGUUCACGUUGGAUGUAAAGUUAGGUGUAGCGGUAACAAUACUGUGGAGAGGCAAAAAUUUGAAUUUAUUUGAUGAUGACUGAAGAAUGUGAACGAUUUGAUAUGUUAAUCGGGUGUGAAACAGGAUAUUUUAAAGGUGUGAACACUGUAAAGAAAAAGUCCUGUAACUUGAACAAACUAAAUAGUUUAAGGAAAGAAGAUGAAGUAAUGCUCAUGUGUUGGAAUAAUGAAGAGGAAACUGAGGUGUGUUUAGGCUUAAGAAGACAGUUAGUGAAAACAUUCAGUGUUGACAGACUCUGCUUCACCGAUGAAGUAGAUAUUUCUGGAGGAAGCGGUCCUCCAAGAGGCCUUGCUAAGUGUGAAGGAAACCUUCUUACUUGUGUAGAGUCUGGUUUGGUGAGUGUUUGGAAUGUCCAUCAUACAAAAACAGCAGAAUUUGAAGUUGGAGACAAUAUCUGUCGGAUGCGUCAAAGUCCAUUUAAACCUUCAAUUCUUGCUACAGGAGGAAAAGAAAACAAUCUUAAAUUAUGGGAUGUACAAAAUCCUGAAAAACCAGUGUUUGUAGCCAAAAAUGUUCGUCCUGAUUUCUUGGAUUUGCGUAUACCCGUGUGGGUGUUAGACAUACAGUUUCUGCCUGGUACAGAAAAAGUGGUGGUGGGAACAGGAACUCAUGCAAUUCAUGUUUAUGAUCCUUUAACUCCACAGAGACGUCCUGUUUUAACAGUUGAAUUUGAUGAAUAUCCCAUCACUGCCUUAGCAGUGGCUCAUUCAGCAAAUAAUGUGGUUGUAGGAAAUACUAGGGGAAGGAUGGCUCUUAUUGACUUAAGGAAGAAAGCUCUGGCUCAUGCCUACAGAGGUGUUGCUGGGAGUAUUCGAUGUAUUGCUUGUCACCCAGUAAAACCCCUUGUUGCAUCUUGUGGAUUGGACCGAUUUGUGAGAGUUCAUGACAUAAACUCCCAUAAACUUCAGUUAAAGAUGUACUUAAAGUCAAGAUUAAACUGUUUAUUGAUGAAAACUGAAGACAAAAUUGUUGAAGAGUCAAAAAACAACAGCAAUGAUACUGAUGAAAUGAGUGACGAAGAUGUUGAUCAGGAAAGUGAUAGCCUAUGGCUUAACAUGGAAAAUAUUGGGGACGAGGAAAAUGAUAAACAGGAACGUCACGUCAAGGAUGUUAAUCAAUAUCGGGAAAAAAAGAAUCUUAAACGUUUGAGAUAUGGGAGUACACAAACAAAAAGUCAUUUCAAGAGGAAGAGAUGACAUUUAUUUAUGUAAUAUGCUGCUUUUUUUGUAGAUAUUUUUUUGAAAUAAACCAAUCUUCAUUUCUCAAAUUUAUCAGAAGCUAUUUAUGAAAAUCUUUUAUCUAAUUAUAUUUUCUAUUUCACAUCAUAUUCAAUAUAAGGUUAGGCUAAGUAGUUAGCACACAGGAUCACUUACAAAAGUUGUAAAAUUUUCAAAACGAAACCCAAAACUUGAGUGCUUUCGAAUAGUUGACUAUUCUUCUUCAGGAGAAUAAAAGGUUAUGUUUAAUGAGUGUGAAGAAAUGUAUAGGCUCUAAUGUCGAUGUCACGUAAACCGGAUGUUCAAUAUGAGUUGAUGUUAAGAACUAGCCAAUCAUAACGAUUAAUUGUUUGUGU